AUGUGGCAGUCUGCUUUAAGCACUCUGAAUCCAAACCCCACCGACAGCUGUCCUCUCUACCUGAAUUACGCCACUGUGGCCGCUUUGCCUUCCAGGGUCAGCCGGCACAAUAGUCCCUCUGCAGCUCAGUUCAUCACCCGACUCGUUAGAAACUGCCUUCCGGGAGGUGUCAACAGAUGCAUUGUUAUGGUCUGUGAGCGGUCUGAAGUCUUCGCUUCGGCGUGUGCGCUGGCCAGAGCUUUCCCCCUGUUCACACACCGCUCCAGCGCCGCCAGGCGUGCCGAGAAGAAAACUGUCACCGUGGAGUUCUUCCUGGUGGGGCAGAACAACGGGCCGAUAGAAGUGACAACGCUUAAAUGUCUGGCAAGUGCUACAGAAGGAGUCAGGCUGGCUGCUCGAAUUGUGGACACCCCGUGCAAUGAGAUGAACACAGAUAACUUUCUGGAGGAAAUCAAAAAAGUUGCCAAGGAUCUUGGGAUUACUCCUACAAUUAUUCGAGAUGAGGAGCUGAAAGAGAGAGGAUUUGGAGGUAUCUAUGGAGUUGGCAAGGCAGCUCUGCAUCCUCCAGCACUAGCAGUUCUCAGCCACACUCCGGAUGGUGCUACGCAGACCAUUGCAUGGGUGGGCAAAGGUAUUGUGUAUGACACUGGAGGACUCAGCAUCAAGGGAAAGACUACUAUGCCUGGAAUGAAACGAGACUGUGGUGGAGCAGCUGCUAUUUUGGGUGCCUUCAAAGCCACUGUAAAGCAAGGGUUUAAAGACAAUCUUCAUGCUGUUUUUUGUUUGGCUGAGAAUGCAGUCGGACCACAUGCAACAAGACCUGAUGAUAUUCAUGUUCUUUACUCUGGAAAAACGGUGGAAAUCAAUAACACUGAUGCAGAAGGGAGGCUGAUACUGGCUGAUGGAGUAGCUUAUGCGUGCAAAGAUCUUGGAGCUGAUAUCAUCCUUGAUAUGGCCACUCUCACUGGAGCUCAGGGAAUUGCUACAGGGAAGUAUCAUGCUGCUGUCCUUACCAAUAAUGAAGAGUGGGAAAAGGCUUGUGUUAAAGCUGGCAGGAACUGUGGAGACUUAGUCCAUCCUCUUGUGUAUUGCCCUGAGCUCCACUUCAGUGAAUUUACCUCUGCUGUAGCUGAUAUGAAGAACUCUGUGGCAGACCGAGACAAUACUCCAAGUUCCUGUGCUGGGCUCUUCAUUGCCUCUCACAUUGGCUUCGACUGGCCUGGGGUCUGGGUCCAUGUAGAUAUUGCUGCACCAGUUCAUGCAGGUGAACGAGCUACUGGCUAUGGUGUGGCUUUGUUGCUGUCCCUGUUCGGAGGGGCGUCUGAAGACCCUCUGCUAAACAUGGUGUCCCCUCUUGGGUGCGACGGGGACUCUCCCACUGAGGACAUGGAGAGGGACUCCAAGAGGCGGCGCCUGGUGUGACGCGCCCCCGGCCCAACGUGACGGGGGCAUGGGUUACCUCACUUUGCACUGAUCCCUUCUCAAGCAAUGAAAAUGUCACACAUCAGAAAUUGCCAUUUUUUUUACUCUCAUGAUAAGAUUUCUUACUUGUUUCUGAUAAAACCAGCCUGAUUUCUUGGUGUUUUUUUUUAAAUUAUUGGUGCACACAGUUGCU